CUACUGACUCCUUGAACAACGAACUAUGUUGACUAUGAUGCCCAGACGACACCUCAGACGUUGAAAAAAUCAAGACUCUUCGUUUUUAUUGUGUUCGAUACUUGUAAUGUACGAUUUGAUAUUCCGAUACGAAGCUCGAGUAAACGCUCUCGGAGCGUCUAGUUUCAACAAGUAAGUCGUCUUUAUUUGUCUAACAAAAAAGCAGUAUGCCAUGUGAAACGCAAUUCAUUCCAGAAGGAAAACGUUGGAUGCAAUAUAAUUUCUAACAAUACAUGCUGAAAUCUUACAGUAUUAGCUGAGCGUACUUACUCCUUUUUUACGUGAUGCGUGAUUUAAUAGAAAAAUUAUGAGUGAUGUGUGAUUGGAACCCCCCCAUCCUUUGCCACCCUCGUCUAAGGAUCAGCUGCAGGAUAGCAUAGCUAAUAAAGGAAUGUCAUGGCCAAAUUGUAGACGGUUUAGUUUUCCUUGAUGAACACCCUAAACAUGAAAAGUUAGCCAAAUGAUAAACGGUCUAAUUGCCUAUGUCGAGUGAGAACAUGAAAUUGUGAAAUGGACUAGCUCAAUUACGAAUAGCCUAGCACUCAUUUGCGACACAGUACACAAACGGUGUAGCGUUGCGUGAAAUGGCUCAGUGUAAUGUCGAAUAGUACAGCGUACAAACAAAUGGUGUAGCGUUACGUUGAAUAGUUUUGCAGAACAUCAGACGAACAUUAAAUUGCUUAGCAUUACACGAAAUAUUUCGAUGUUGUGGCGAAUCGUCGAGCUUGCUUUUGGCGUGACGUGAAGGCUAUCUCGCCGAAACCACCAAAAAUACAAACCGCAAAUGGAAAAGCGAUCUGCUGGGGGUAUGACGUCUUCGAAUGUAAAUGUUGGCGCGAAACCAUCAUGCACAUGGUGUAGUCGCUGUGUUGAAGAUUCUUCACUUCGUCUUGCCGUAAAGCAGAGCCAAUUCCUAACUUUUCGGUAAGUGUGUCCUCUUUUUUCCCUGCCGAUAUUGCAUUUAUUUGUUAUCGUUCAUGAAAGCGUUUAUUGAAAUAGCGACGAGAAUGAAUUCUACCACGGUUUGUCGGCCUAUCUGUUUACCACAGUUUGCACGUGUCGGUUAGCUUAAAUGUUUAUAAUAUUAGUUAGUAUUAUGACGUGCAUUAAAUGUCGCUUGUCGAGUUAUCUUUUCUUUUCUGACUCGCGCUUACUUUUCAAUAAGAGUUUGACUUCAACGGCUCUCUGAACAUUGCAGGAGUACGUGAGAAAUUGGAGUUUGUGUGUGCCUUUGCGCGCAGAGUUGAACGCCAUAGUAAGAAAACUUAUACCCUUGAUCUGUUUUGACAUUUUUCAAUCAAAUCGAAAUGCUUUAAUUGCCAACACUAUUUUUGGCACACGAAUAAAAGCAUUCCGAUAUCACUUUGAUUGAAAAAUGUCAAAACUGAUAUCCUUGAUCUGUUUUGAUAUUUUUCAAUCAAAGUGACAUCGGAAUGCUUUAAUUGCAAAUGCUUUUUUUGGCACAACAAAUAAACGGCAGCGAAUAAAUACAAUAUCGGCAGGACACACUUACCAAAAUGUUACGAAUUGGCUCUGCUUUGCGGCAAGGCGAAGUGAAGACUCUCCAACACAGCGACUACACCAUUCGCAUGAUGCUUUUGCGCCAAUCUUUGUGCUACACUGUUUGUGUGCUGUGUGCUGAAUGCUAAGCUAUUCAUCGGUUUUCGCAUAGUUCAUUUCACAAUUUCAUGUUUCAACUCGACAUAGGCGACUAGACUGUUAUCAUUUGGUUAAACUAUUCAUAUUUAGGGUGUUCUGUUUUACGAAGGAAGACUAAACCGUCUAUAAUUUGGCCAUGCCAUUCCUUUAUUAGCUAUGCUAUGCUGCGGCUGAUCCUUGGACCAGCUUUGUAUUUGCUGACCCAUUUGACAUCCUUGUAUUUUUGGUGGUGACGGCCACCCAUACACUUGCUCUUUAAUUUUAAUAACAAAUAAGUCUAGUGGAGCUAAUCAGGCCACAAAAUAAAAUCAAUGUCACCGAAGCGAAUUGUUUGAAGAUCUUUGAAAUCGAUUGAAGAUCGAUCGGUAUUUCGAAUUUUUGAUUUCGGCUAUAUUUCCACAACUACGUUUCGUAAUGUUCAAGAAAAGAAAUAGAAAAUGUUGUUACAUUGAUUUCGAAAAUAACCCGUCAGUUACAUUUACACAAAACUUUGUUUCUAUUUCUCUUUUCAUUAAACAACUUCUUUUGCGAAUGAGAGUUUCAUUCCAGCUUCCGCGAGUUAUCUAAUCGGUAGGGAGUCAACGCUUGACGGGAAAGGGGGCAAGCCAAUCAGAUUGCCUGUGUUUUACGAUAGUUUAGUGAGCAUUUAACUAAUUUAAAAGGUAUAGAGCGCCAAUGAUCCCUGAAGACCGCAAACAUCUUGAGUCAUCCGCCUACGCCUGUCGGAUCGUUUUUGCGAACGUGACAUUUUAGAAAACGCCCGAACACUGCUAUUUUUAACUUAAACUUACUGCUUUCUGAUAAGUUCUAAGGUCGAUAUCUUUGCCUCAGUUACUCGACUGGAACGAGGUCUCCUGUCAAACCCAGUUUCUGAAAGUAUCUUACUCGGCAUACGUGCUCAGACUCCCUUGCUUCCCUCUGUGCGAGGGUUUCUGUAAGUUGUGAAUAUAGCAUACACAAUAUGUGAGCAAUAUGAGUGAAAUUUCAUGAAAAUUUAGUCUAACUAAAAUUGUUAAAGAUUUGCUUUUCAAGUUGGCCUAAAUCAAUUCAGGCUCAACUCCGUCCAAUUUUCCCUAUAUACAUCCUGUCAUAGUUCUCCUCGGCUGUUGUCUAUUGAAUAUUACCAUCUUUUAAAUUCCCUAUUUUAGGAUUGUAAAUUAUCAGUUCAUAUUCCCUUUGACCUGCAUUUGACAGGUAGUUGAGGAAAUAGCGUAAUUACUCGAUGAAACGCAGCGGCGUUCAUCAAUAGUUUAGCGUUUUGAUGCGGCCUCUACUCAAAAUACGUUUUCAUUUCUUAGACCAUGAAAAAUAUCUCUAUAAAUUACUCGUUAAUCAUGACCAUGCCGCACUACAAAAACAUGGUUAAAGUUGCAGUAUCCUACUCUUUAUUUUAUUGAAAUGAAAUACACUUAUUUAUACACUUGGGUCAGAUGCAAAGUAAUUUCCUCGUUACGUUUCAUGAGUAAUACGUACGGCACAUGAGACGAAGUUCUGCUUGCUGUCACAGUGAAAUACCGGAAGACGAGGGCGAUCAAGAGAGACUUCCUAAUUCCCCUUCUUCUCUCCACCUGGGCAUCUCCACGCAAUUUUUGAAUCAUUGUAUUGUUAGCUGGCCAUACAGUUUGGCUAAAACAAGUUGCAUCAGAAUUAAAGAAACUUAUUUGGAUCAUGAUUAUUAACAGGAAUGACAGCUAUCAGUGGGUCCAAUUACCCCCCGACCAUCUAUACACGGUUUAUUGCAAAGUGCGACAAGAGUGGUUAAAAAAUGCCAUAGCUUUCGGUGUGAUGGUCGCAGUGUGCGACAGUUUUUUUUGCUUAUAAAGUGCGACAAGUGUUUACAAAGGGAAAAUGUUAUUACAGAGUGCGACAGAAAAUAUCUUGAAGUGAGGCCGAGACUUACGGCAAGCAGGCCGCUUUCAAUUAAAACAGUAUCGAAUGACCACAAGAGGACACGAGUGAUCGUAAUAUGUCUGGAGACUUUAGUACUGUCUUUGUUUCUAUACACGCUAUAAAGAUAACGGGCUCGUAUUUAUGAUAGAAAUAACUCAUUACUUCGAACUCAGAACGGUCACCUGUUAGCGAUCUAAAAGGGUUAAGAUAUAUAAACACGGUAAGCUUUUUAGCCAUCUUUCAAAAACCGUUAGAACAGACAUUGCCACAGGGGUCGUCGCUGUGUCCGCUUUUUAUGACAUAGCGGAGUGAUAUGAAUUCAGGUGUAACAGCAUGAUUUGUUCUUAAUCUAUCGCAGAAGUUGAAGUUAAGAACCUUUUGAGUCUUAUCUCUCAAGGUACAUGUGAGUGCCUUAGUCUUACUGCCUCCUGGGCAUGAGUCGUUAAAAGCGUUCAAUGACUCUGAUUAACAAGUGUUACAUAAUUUGGUGGCGUCAUUUCCUCUCAAGGACGUCACGCAGACUACUUAACUAAGUAGUGUAAAUGAGUCUCCUGUAUUAUUUACAGUCACAUCUUUUUCUUGAGUUAUUAACGGAGAAAGGACCCAUUUAACUUAGGCUCUUUAUUGGAAUUCGUAGGAUUGGCCACCUUUCUGAUGUGUUGAAAGUAACGGAAGACACAAGGGAACGAUUUAAGGGCCAUAGAAGCUGCAAAUGCUCCAUAAUAAUCCUUUGUUAGAGUUCGUAGCUACGGACGCUGCGGUGAAACCAUCCUAGUGUGACCUAUGACAGGAGGAAUAUUUCAUUCCCUUUAAAGACGGAGCGAAGAAUGUUUGGAAACAAUUCCUCAACGAUUUUGCAUCGACCUGGUUCAGACAGCAAUGAGACAAAAUGUGCUACUUUCACGGUUGGACUAGUUGAAGUUUAUAUCACAAUCCAUGUUGUCACUAUUCUGGUGUCCUUGGUGGGAAACAUUCUUCUGAUUAUUUCCUAUGUGAGAAUGAAGGAAACGUUAAUGCUCCCUAUCGCCAACAUGGCUGUAUCUGACCUGCUGACUACACUUUUUCUAAUGCCUCGUCUUGUUAGACGAGAGCUCACCGGAUCCAACGAUUUCCUCAUUCGUGGAGUUACAGGUACAUUACUCUGCAAACUAUGCGCCUUCCUAAGCGACAUAUCGCUAUCUGUGUCGACCCAGAGCUUAGUACUCAUAGCCGCUGAGCGAUUUCUCGCGAUUGCUUGUCCAAUUUUAUAUAGGAAGGUAAUGACGGUGAAAAGACGCUAUCUCUUCGUAGGCUUAACAUGGAUAAUAUCCAUGGGAAUUCAUUCGCCAUACUUUUACGGUUUCCGUCUGUCUACUAAUAAUAUUUGUGAAAUGAACUGGGAACCAGCUUUCGAAAAUAAGUCGACGCAGCCACGCUACGUACUUUUUCUUUUCGUAACAGUUUUGCUUCUACCGUUAAUUACUAUCUCUGUGCUUUACUGCAUUUUCGGCGUCAAGAUUCGGCGAGAUAAAGUAGCUUCGUCUCGAACCGAGAGAGGGGCCUUGAGACACCAGGAACGCAGCAGAAAGUUACAAAGAAUGGGAAUAGCUACUGUAACGGCGUUCUUAAUCUGUUGGCUCCUUUAUAUAGUGAUAAAUGUUUUCAAACUGCUUUCUUCGAAUACUGAUCAUGAGUGUAGCCAAGGUUUUAAGAUAGUAGACAAUAUAUCUCGCGUUUUAGCAAGCUGUUACUCUGCUGUAAAUCCCUGUAUUUGCUUUAUAUUUGUGAAAAGCUUUUCUCGUCAACUUUUCGCGUUAUGCAGAUGAGAAAGUUCACUGAAAGGGAUCAUAGAGAUAGAUGUUUGCAGGAAAUAAUACUUAUUGUGUUCAAUUUUGAUCAGCGCAAAUAAUUAAGCUUUGUUUUACGCUAACGAGCAACGCUGGGGAGCCAUCACUCCGAAGUCAUAGCCGUUUUGGCAAGGACGUUUAAUUGGUUUUUAGCCACAAGUGAGCUCCAUAACCAUUAGCCAAGCAGUCUACUGACUGAGUUUCAACAACAUUUUAUUUUUAACGAUGAGUACGGUCUGAAGCCUUAUGGAGUGGUAUAAGUAUUUGUAUGUAAAGGAACUUUAUUCAGUUAAACACUUACAGAUCAAAGUAGUGCCAAUAUCAGUGAUGUAAAUUUCGUAAUCAUAUCUUGAAUUUAUGCCAACAUGGAUCGCUUAUCCCUUGAUUUACUGUAUCGCUUACUGGUGUAGGAAAGUGAUGAUUGAUGGCAAUGUUUUGGUAGUUGGUUAGUGUUUUUAAGACGUCGAAAUAGUAGUCAGUCUUAAGCACAUUAGUACAGAAUAAAGCAAUUCAAAAAGCCGACAGGUGUACGUGCUAAAGCGUGGCGAACGGAUGCUGUUUAAUUACAAUCUUUUCCUGUGACGCACGAAUAAGCAUCUUUCUGCGAACAAAGGCCACUUUAUCUAAUUAACCUUAUUUCUGGGAUAAUAGUCGUCACAUUUAGAUAAUGAAGCACUGAAAGAAUAUAACCAAAUACAUUGAACUAGUCAAGGCGCC